AUGUCGUCAUCGGUAAGCUUCGCCGCCGAGGGCGACUUCGAGUCGCCUUACGUGAGUCCGCUCAUACAGCCUGGCCAUCUGCUGUCCUGCGAAGAGCAAGAAGCGAUGUGUGCAGAGCAGGAGAUCCAGACGGCUGAGUGCGAUUUUGCUGCUGAUCUGGCCAGCCGACUGGGUGAGAUGCUGGCACAGCAGCACAUACAGACCUGCGAGCUGAUGCGGCAACGUCACGAAGAGGUCAUGCGAGCCUUCAGCACUCAGAGUGACAUGCUGGCUCGCGUGCAGAUGCAGAAGAAAGUUCGUAUUCCACUGCGCCGGAAGGACUCCGAAAAAUCCUCUGGAACUUCCGCAUGUCGCUCUGGCUCUCCGCAGGUGAUCGUGUCGAGCGAGGACGUUGCCACAAUGGUCAACUACAAGCUUCGAAGCACCUCGGGUAGUAUCGGCACUGGAACUGACUCUGACGGCUUCCCGCAGGUGUCGAGUACUGGGGAUGUGAUGCCUUUGAAGGCCAUCACAGAGGCCACGGAGGUUAAGCCAGAUGACGAGGACAGCGUCGCGAUGCCAAAGGAGCUGCCAGCAACCAAAAAAGUUCGCACAAUUAGUGGACGGAAUGUCCCGAUCAAGCCAGCUCGGCCGACAUUCACACCGCAAUUUUUCAAGACCUUUUCGCAGACGGAGCUGAAACUGCGGCGCGAUGCGCAGAAGGAGUCAAAGCGACACUCAAUGCAGACAAGGCUGGUCGCCUGCCCUGCGAGACUUAUGUAUCAAAUGGUGGGGUACAGUAAUUCUGCUGACUGA